AUGUGUCAAUCAAAAAUCCACGAGUUCCUUCAAGGACUUCCCAAGUGCGAGCACCACGUCCAUUUGGAAGGCUGCCUCACUCCUGAACUCACAUUCCAAUUAGCUUCUCGCAAUGGAAUCACACUGCCUGAUGACCCAGCAUAUGCCUCAGUCGAUGCUCUCAAAAAUCGCUUCGAGCGAUUCACAUCUCUCGACGACUUUCUGCAUUACUAUUUUGAAAGUAUGGCGGUUCUGCGUUCAGAGCAGGACUUUGCUGAUCUUGCCUGGGCUUAUUUUCUGCAAGCCGACGCCGACGGCGUGCACCACGCCGAGGUCUUUUUCGAUCCCCAGGUUCACCAGGAGCGCGGUAUCUCCUAUGAAACUGUAGUCAAUGGAUUCUCAGCGGGCUGCAAGCGUGCCGAGCAAGAGCUUGGCAUUAGCACUCGUCUAAUCCUGUGUUUUCUCCGCCAUCUGCCCGUUGCCUCGGCCAACGAGCUAUAUGACCAGUUUCUCGCUAGUGGACACUACGAAGCCGGAGUCAUCCAUGGUCUUGGCUGGUCUUCUUCAGAAGUUGGCCCACCUAAAGACAUGUUCCGGGAUAUCUAUGCAUCUGCGGCGGCAAAGAAAAUUCCCCUUACGGCACAUGCGGGUGAAGAGGGUGAUGCUAGCUACAUUAGCACUGCGCUGGAGGUUGGAGCGCAGCGAAUCGACCACGGCAUUAACCUCAUACAAGACCCACAGCUGAUGCAACGUGUUGCGAAAGAGAGUAUUCUCCUGAGUGUUUGCCCUGUCUCCAACUUGAAAUUGCAAUGUGUCAAGUCUAUCGCGGAAGUUCCCAUUCGCAAAUUCCUCGAGGCGGGAGUAAAAUUUUCCAUUAACAGCGACGAUCCUGCUUAUUUCGGCGCUUAUAUCCUAGGAAAUUACUGUGCAGUACAGGAGGCCUUCAAUCUCUCUGUUCUCGAAUGGCGCAUCAUUGCGGAAAAUAGUGUCCAAGAGAGCUGGAUCCCAAAUGAGCGAAAGGCGGAGUUGUUGGCCAAGAUUGAGGCACAUGUCAAGAGAUUCCUUUAG